AUGAAGACAUUUGAGCCUCCCUGGUCAAUUACUUUCACCGAGCAAGAUCUUCAACGAAUCCAAACACCCUACAGCAACGCAUUGGUGGUCAAGGUGCAAAUCUCAACCCACUCAGUCAAAAGGGUGCUUGUAGACCAAGGAAGCUCGGCCGGAGUGAUGUACUUAUCCCUCUUCACGGAGCUCGAAAUCCCAGAGUCAUGCCUACUCCCAGCAGAAGUUCCCUUAAUUGGAUUUAGUGGAACUCCCGUUUGGCCUCUCGGUAGGAUUACCCUCCCUGUUGUGACCGGCUCGGUUACUUCUAAUCUGGAGUUCGUCGUCGUGGAUGCCCCGAGCCCAUACAAUGCAAUCCUUGGCCGAAAUUGGCUCCAUUCAAUAAAGGUCGUCGCCUCAACCUACCACCAGGUGGUCAGACAAUGUUACGUCUCGGCCAUCGGAAAGACAUCAAGCUCCAAACGGGUACAUUGGGUUGAAGUCCCUGACAAGCCGGUUCUCGAGGACGUCGGAUCUCUUCCUGAAGAAAAAUCCAUUGAAGAUCUUAUCAAAUUCCCACUCAACGAGGACGCUUCACGAUAUUUCAUGCUCGGAGCCGAUUUGCCCAAAGCCGGGAGUGAAGAAACGUUUCAAUUCUUGAAGAGCAACAUUGAAGUCUUUGCUUGGACAUUGUACGAUAUGCCAGGCAUCGACCCAGAGCUCAUCCAGCACUCACUCAAUGUUUCAAAAUCAGCAAAAUUGGUGAUUCAAAAGCCUCGAUGUUCGGCUACCAUUCAUGCCGAAGCUGUAAACGAAGAAGUGGACAAACUCCUCAAGGCAGGUGCCAUCAAAGAAGUGCAAUACCCCACUUGGCUUGCAAACCCUGUGGUGGACUGUUUACCCCUCCCAAAGACAGAUCAAUUAGUAGAUGCAACAGCGGGUCAUGCUCGGCUCAGUUUUUUGGAUGCCUACAGAGGUUACCACCAGAUAGCCAUGGACCCCGCCGACAUGGAGAAGAUGGCAUUCAUCACCCCAAGGGGCCUCUUUUGCUACUUGGUUAUGCCGUUUGGACUCAAGAACGCGGGGGCCACAUUUCAAAGAAUGGUAUACCUGUUGUUCGGAAUGCUCAUCGGGGAGAUCAUGGAAGCCUAUAUUGAUGAUAUGGUAGUCGAAAGUCUCAAAGCCGAGAACCACCUCUCUCACCUUGCCGAAGUCUUUGCAAUUCUGAAGAAGUACAAGCUACGGCUAAAUGCAGACAAAUGCGCAUUCGGAGUUAGCUCCGGGAAGUUCCUCGGUUAUCUUGUCACUCGGCGUGGAAUCGAAGCAGAUCCGAACCAGAUCUCAGCUAUUCAGCCAUUAAAACCACCAUCAACUCCUCGGGAAAUUCAGAAGCUAACAGGGAUGGCAGCGGCCCUCAACAGACGGGAAGGCCUUGAAGACCAACCAAUUUACUUUACUAGCCGAACCUUGCUCCCAGCACAAACCAGAUAUCUACUGCUAGAGAAGCUUCUUCUAGCAUUGGUUACAGCAGCUCGGAAAUUGCUCCCUUAUUUUCAGGAGCACCCCAUCAUAGUCCUCACAGAGUUUCCACUUAAAAACCUCUUGAGGAAGGCCGACCUAUCAAGCCGGGUAUCUCAGUGGGCGGUCGAAUUAGCAAAUUUUGAUAUCCAUUUUGAGCCUCGAACAGCAAUCAAGGCCCAAGUAUUAGCAGACUCCAUUGCAGAAUUCACCCCUGGAAGCCCAGAUGAAGAAGCAUUGGUGAAGCCUAACUGCGGAAUGCUAGAACAACAAGAGGCUCGAAAAACGUGGAACUUAUUUAGUGGAGACGUUUGGAAGUUACACGUUGAUGGGGCAUCAAACAACAUCGGUGCGGGUGCAGGGGUUGUCCUUGUAAACCCUUGUGGCAUCCUUCAUGAAAGUGCUAUCACAAUCAACUUCCCAGCCACAAAAAACGAAGCUGAAUAUGAAGCACUGUUAGCUGGGCUCCGAGCCGCGAUAAGUUUACAAGUCGAAGACCUUCAAGUUUUCUGUGACUCUCAGCUGAUCGUCAACCAAAUAACAGGUGAUUAUGAAGCUUGGGAUCCAAGGAUGAUAAAGUAUCAGGCUACGGCUUUUCAGCUAAUCCGAGGGUUCAAGGGAUUCCACAUUGAACAGAUCAACAGAGAGAACAACGCUCAUGCCGAUGCUCUAGCAAGUUUGGCCUCGGUAAGCAAAGCAUCCGAGUAUAGACACAUCAGCCUCGGCGAGAUCCACCAGCCAAGCUUCGAAAUCUCGGAAGAAGUUCUCAGCAUAUCCCUCGGCCCUAGUUGGAUGGAUGAGAUCGUUUCGUUCCUCAAGAAUGAUACGCUACCCUCCGACAAGAAGGAGGCCCACUGUGUACGUAGCAAAGCAGCCCAUUAUUGGAUCUCUGAGCACGGCCAACUCUACAGGAAAAGCUUCACAGGGCCGUAUCUUCGAGUCAUUCAUCCAACCGAGGUCCCAACUAUUCUGACCGAACUUCACUCUGGAAGCUGCGGUUGUCACUCCGGCGGACGUUCCCUCUGUCAAAGAGCUCUCAGUCAAGGAUACUUCUGGAAAGGAAUGAAGAAAGAUUGUGAAGAAUUUUUGAUAACGGCAACGGAUUAUUUUUCAAAAUGGGUGGAAGCCAAACCACUAGUCACUACUACCGAAGCAGACGUUCGGCGAUUCGUGUGGAGGAACAUCGUCACACGGUUCGGUGUGCCUUAUGCGAUUGUUUCGGAUAAUGGCUCCCAAUUCGUCGGAAAAGAGUUAACCGGACUUUGUGCUGAGUUCAGAAUUAGGUUUUUCAAUUCAACCCCAUCCUACCCCCAAGGCAAUGGUCAGGCCGAAGCAACAAACAAGACAGUAUGCGCUGGUAUCAAGCGUCGGCUACACUCCAAACGAGGAAAAUGGGCCGAAGAACUGCCGCGGGUCCUCUAG